GGGGGGAAUCGUUCUCUUUCUGUCCCGGCUGCAGGAGUAUCCGCUCGCCGUCACCUCCCUCCCCUCCAUCCCUUACGCCAUGCCGAACAUCGUGCUGUUCAGCGGCAGUUCCCACCACGACCUGUCCCAGCGAGUGGCCGACCGCCUGGGGCUGGAGCUGGGCAAGGUGGUCACCAAGAAGUUCAGCAACCAAGAGACCAGUGUAGAGAUUGGUGAAAGUGUGAGAGGAGAAGAUGUGUAUAUUAUCCAGAGUGGCUGUGGAGAAAUAAAUGACAACUUAAUGGAAUUGCUCAUCAUGAUCAAUGCUUGCAAGAUUGCAUCAUCCUCCAGAGUCACUGCAGUAAUUCCAUGUUUUCCAUAUGCUAGGCAAGAUAAGAAAGACAAGAAGGGAGCCGUGGAGCGUUGGAGUCGUGCUCCAAUCUCUGCAAAACUUGUUGCCAACAUGCUGUCAGUUGCAGGGGCUGACCACAUCAUCACCAUGGACCUGCAUGCUUCUCAGAUCCAGGGUUUCUUUGACAUUCCAGUAGAUAACCUGUAUGCAGAACCUGCAGUGCUGCAGUGGAUUAAAGAAAACAUUUUGGAGUGGAAAAACUGUAUCAUAGUCUCACCUGAUGCAGGUGGUGCAAAAAGGGUUACUUCAAUUGCUGAUAGAUUGAAUGUGGAAUUUGCUCUCAUUCACAAGGAAAGAAAGAAGGCAAAUGAAGUGGACAGAAUGGUCUUGGUGGGCGAUGUGAAAGACAGAGUAGCCAUUCUUGUCGAUGAUAUGGCUGAUACAUGUGGCACAAUAUGUCAUGCAGCAGACAAGUUAGUAUCUGCUGGAGCCACCAAAGUUUAUGCUAUUCUUACUCAUGGCAUCUUUUCUGGUCCUGCUAUUUCUCGGAUUAAUAAUGCAGCAUUUGAGGCUGUUGUGGUAACUAAUACAAUCCCCCAGGAAGAGAAAAUGAAACACUGCCCCAAAAUUCAGUUUAUUGACAUUUCCAUGAUCCUGGCUGAGGCCAUUCGAAGAACACAUAAUGGUGAAUCUGUAUCUUACCUGUUCAGUCAUGUCCCCUUGUAACUGCUGGAGGUUACAUCACAGCUUUUUGAAGUCCUGUCAACUCUCGCUGUUGUUUUUAGCAAUGCAUCUCAAACACAAGAAAUCAGUAUACUUGUAAAAUUCCAGAGCUUGUAUGUUUAAUUAUUAUAUAUGUCUUGUAAUUAGCAUUUUUUUGUUGUAAAUGGACAAUAAAUCUGUCUUGCAGAAACUUUCUGUGGAUUCCCUGGAGAGUUUGGGAAAUUUCUGUGUUCUUUUAUAUGCUCCUCACUUUCUACUGAGCUGCUGCUUCAGAUCUUUUUUAUAUACAGAGCUACUGAAUGUCUGUUCACAGAACUGAAUGAAAUUUAUGCACAAGUUUGUCUGUGUUAAGCUAAGUGGUGCAGGGUUGGACAUCUUGCAUCUAUUAAUCUUUCAGGCAAGCAGAUGGUGACUUUUGUUUAACAGCCAUGAUAGGCUGCUAUUUUGUAAGCCAUAAGAGUUUAAACUUCCUUUUAAUUUUAAGGAACUGUUGACACAUCAUAGUAUUAACUGUUUCAUACAUUUUUUUGUUCCUUUUCCACAUGAUAUAUAGGGCUACUGUUUUCUUUUGUAAAGCUCUCAGUGUUUCAUUGCAUUAAAUCAUUUUGUUAAUGUC